AGAGGGAGGGACACUACUACUGAGCAAUAAAGACAGUGCUUACAGUUGUGGUUUCCGAUAGUGAAAUGCAUGGGUUAACACUGCUCAGUAGCAUCACUUGCAGGAAACUGAGUCUCAUGCAGAAAACUCUGAAAGGAAACAACUGUUUGUCCAAACAUCAUAAGCCUCAAUAUUUAUCACUUUGCCUGAGCAUUCCUUCAGGAAAUUCAGAAAUGGUUCUGAAGAUGAACUUCUAACUUGGCUGAAACAGAUGCUUUCUUACUAUCUAAAAAUAGUCACUGUCACUUCAAUAAAGUUUAAGAUUCUGUAACUCUUGGAGGAUGCCAGUUUCAACGCGUGCUUUACAGCAGAUGGCUAUAUACUUGGGAAUAGUAUCUGGAGGAGGAUGUGCAGUGAUGUACUACCUUAUGCAACAAAAUUUUGCCAAAUCAGAAUACUAUAAGUUGGCAAUUGAAGAACUCAACAAAAAUGACACAGCAUUAGAAGCCCUGGGAGCUCCUCCAUUGCACAUCCGAAAUAUCAAACUCACUGACAGGAACAAUCAUGUGGAUGGAAAAAGUGCAAGGAUUAAAAUCCCAGUUUGUGGAUCAAAAUCAGCUGGAUAUCUCCACACCUAUUCUGUUCGGGAUGGUCUACAGAAAAGUUGUCUGCUGACAAGGAUGGAUAUGCUACAGGAACCACAGAGGCAGUCCUUCUUGUGAUGGUGUUCCCACAUCAGUGUAAUAUUGUCUUAUCAUCAAGAUCUGAUUGGCUGAAUGUUUCUGGAGAGAAUCAAAUACUACCACUGAGGCAUAAAGCAGGAGACAAUCCAGUACUGGUGGACAGCAGGAAUUAACAGUAAUGCCCCUCCAGAACUGCUGCCCCAGUCAGAGGGCUGACUCCUCACCAGCAAUGGCAAUGCCAUCAACAGCAGGGGUGCUGCUGAAAAUGCCAGAGGAAGGACAAAGUGGCUCCAGGAUCUGGUGCCCUUGGAAAGAAGGUAAAUUUUACUGGUGAUUUUAAUCUCUGUAUAGUGGAUUCAUCAGUAUCAACCUGAAACUGAUGCACUUUAUUACUCAGAACUGAAUAUCUGCAGUCUUUUUUGUUUGUUGAAGCAAACAGAAUAGAUAAGCAGGCUUUUCAACCUGUCAUUAACUCGUCAGGGCUGCAAAUUGUACAUUUGUGGUAGUUGGUAGAAACUGGUCAUGUGAUGUCAAUAUACCAGACUCAACCUUAUGCCAAGCUUAGUUAACAGAUCAGCCAACAUUGAAACCUUGAUAGAAUGGUAUAGUGAGGAUGAACCAAGUGAUGUGGGGAAAGGGAGGAGGAGACUCCCUUUUAACUGGUUCAGUGUAAAAUGGCCAAUAUUGGUUUAUUGCCCAUUUUACAUCACUGUUGAUUUUCAUUUCAUUCAUUGGAAUACAUAAAUAAAUUCCAGGAUAAACAGGUAACAGAACAGGAGGAAUGCAGUUUCAAUGCAAUGUUCCAUUGUCAAGAUCAAGAAACACUGAUAUCUACAUUGGUUUUUGAAAAUGUCAGUGCUGUCGUGCUUUUCCCUAUAGAAAGCAUACGAGGUACCUAGGUACAAAAUUUUAGAUUACAUCUUUUUCUAAUUUAUUCCUAAGAUUUUGUACCUAGGUAUCUUGUGCCUGAAGUGACACAAUGGACUGAAAUGCUGAACCUUUUUUAAAAAUUUAUUCCUAAGAACCUGUACUGAGGUACGUUUGUACCGGAGAUGGUGCUGUAAGUUAUGAUUGUAAACUUUUCACUGCACUCGAGUACACGACAAUAAAUUGAGCAAAGAAUGUAAUGAAAAUUGUGCACUGUGUUAAAUUAAUGGGGGGAGCCAUCGGAUGUGGUUUAUUAGGACUUUAAGAAGUCUUUCUACAAAGUCCUACCUUAGAGAUCGGUAUAUAAAAUUAAUGUACAUGGUGUUGGGGCUAGUAUAUUGAGGUGCUCAAAACUGUUUGGUAAUGAGUAGGAAUAAAUGUGUCUUUUUCCAAAUGGCAGGUAAUGACUAGUGGGGUACCUCAUGGAUCAAUGCGAAGACUCCAAUUAUUCACAAUAUAUAUUAAUGAUUUGGAUGAGAGAACUAAAUGUAAUAUCUCUAAAUUGGCAGAUGACACAAAGCUUGGUGGGAGAGGGAACUGUGAGGAGUAUGCAGAGAUAUUUUGGAUAACCACAUGCCAGAUGCAGUAUAAUGCAGAGAAAUGAGAGCUUUGGUAGCAAAAACAGGAAGGCAGAUUAUUAUCUGAUUGGCUAUAAAUUGAGAAGGGGAAUGUGAAAGGAGACCUGGGCAUCCAGUCACUGAAGGUAAGCAUGCAGGUGCAUAUGUGCUAAAGUAGGCAAAUGGUACAUUGGCCAUCAGAGCAAGAGGAUGAAGGUGCAGGGCUGAAUUGCUGCAAUUAUACAGGGUCUUGGUGAGAUCAGACCAGGAAUAUUGUGUGCAAUUUUGGUCUCCUUACCUGAGGAAGGAUGUUCUUACUCUAAAGGGAGUGCAAUAAAAGGUUCACCAGAUUGAUUCCUUGGAUGGUGGAACUGAUAUGAGGAGAGAUUGAAUCAAGAUCAUAAUUGCUGGAGUAUAGAAGAACAAGGCACAUUCUCAUAGAAACAUAUAAAAUUCUCAUAGGUUCGAUGCAAGAAGAAUGUGCCUGUUGAUAGGGAGUCCAGAAUCAGGGGUCAUAGUCGAAGGAUACAGGGCAUACCAUUUAUGCCUAAGAUGAGACAUUUCUUCACCCAGAGUAGUGAACUUCCACAGAAAGCAGUUGAGGCCGAAACAUAAUGUUGUCAAGUAGUUGUUGAAUCCAGCACUUGGAGCUAAAGGGAUCAUACUAUAUGGGGUAAAGCAGCAACAGAAUAUUAAGCGGGAUCAGUCAUGAUCAUAAUGAAUAGCGGAGCAGGUGCAAAAGGACUAAAUGGACUACUUCUGCUCCUAUUUUCUGUUUCUGUAACUAGGUGAAGUUGUGGACAAUGCAAAAUAUUAUUAUUUAAACGAAAGUCUAUUAUGUCAAGUUAAUAAAUACUAUUGAUCAUUAAAUAAUGAAUGCUUGUAUUUUGUGCGCUAUAAACUAAAUAUCUAUGCACUAAGCUGCUAGUCAUGUCUGGCUUGCAGGAAUGUUUAAUAUAUGUACAUUUCAGUCCCAAUCUCUAAAGUCUGAAGAUUAUUUAUUCAGUAAUUAUACUUAAGCACAAAUGAAUAAGCAGUCAGAUAUGUUUAUUAAAGGAAUAUGUACAUCUUUAUG